GACUACAAAAUUCCAGAACAUUCUUUUCAUCACUCGAUACGUCAACAAAUCCUUAUAAAUAGAAGCCCCAUCCCUUCCUAUCGUUCACGUCCAACACAAAUUCAUCAUUAAGAAUCUUCAUCGCGUUCUUCAAUCCAAUCUAUUUCCUUAAGAUAUAUAAAAUGCAAAUCUUCGUCAAGACACUCACCGGCAAAACCAUAACUCUCGAGGUCGAGAGUUCCGACACCAUUGAUAACGUCAAGUCUAAGAUCCAAGACAAGGAAGGGAUUCCCCCAGACCAACAGCGUUUGAUCUUCGCUGGGAAACAGCUAGAGGAUGGCCGCACCCUUGCCGACUACAAUAUCCAGAAAGAAUCAACACUUCACCUUGUACUCCGUCUCAGAGGUGGAAUGCAAAUCUUUGUCAAGACCUUAACAGGCAAAACAAUUACCCUCGAGGUCGAAAGCUCAGACACCAUCGACAAUGUCAAGACCAAAAUUCAAGAUAAAGAAGGCAUUCCACCAGACCAACAAAGACUUAUCUUCGCUGGGAAACAGCUUGAGGACGGCCGUACCCUUGCCGAUUACAACAUUCAAAAGGAAUCAACUCUCCACCUUGUGCUUCGUCUCAGAGGAGGAAUGCAGAUCUUUGUCAAGACAUUAACAGGCAAAACCAUUACCCUUGAGGUCGAAAGCUCAGACACAAUCGACAAUGUCAAGACCAAAAUUCAAGAUAAAGAAGGCAUUCCACCAGACCAACAAAGACUUAUUUUCGCUGGGAAACAACUUGAGGACGGCCGUACCCUUGCCGAUUACAAUAUCCAGAAGGAAUCAACUCUCCACCUAGUCCUUCGUCUCAGAGGAGGAAUGCAGAUCUUUGUCAAGACCUUGACAGGCAAAACAAUCACCCUCGAGGUCGAAAGCUCAGACACCAUAGACAAUGUCAAGACCAAAAUUCAAGACAAAGAAGGCAUCCCCCCUGACCAACAAAGACUCAUCUUUGCUGGAAAACAACUCGAAGACGGUCGUACUCUGGCUGAUUACAACAUUCAGAAAGAGUCUACCCUUCAUCUUGUUCUUCGUUUAAGGGGUGGGAUGCAGAUUUUCGUUAAGACCUUGACAGGGAAGACAAUCACUUUGGAGGUUGAGAGCUCAGACACCAUUGAUAAUGUAAAAACUAAGAUUCAGGACAAAGAAGGCAUUCCCCCUGACCAACAAAGACUCAUCUUUGCCGGAAAACAACUCGAAGAUGGUCGUACUCUUGCUGAUUACAACAUUCAGAAGGAGUCUACCCUUCAUCUUGUUCUUCGUCUAAGGGGUGGGAUGCAGAUUUUUGUGAAGACCUUAACAGGGAAGACAAUCACAUUGGAAGUUGAGAGCUCAGACACCAUUGAUAAUGUGAAAACUAAGAUCCAGGAUAAGGAGGGUAUUCCCCCAGAUCAGCAGAGACUUAUCUUUGCCGGAAAACAACUCGAAGACGGUCGUACUCUUGCUGAUUACAACAUUCAGAAGGAGUCUACUCUUCAUCUUGUUCUUCGUCUAAGGGGUGGGAUGCAGAUUUUCGUGAAGACCUUAACAGGGAAAACAAUCACAUUGGAGGUUGAGAGCUCAGACACCAUAGAUAAUGUGAAAACUAAGAUUCAGGACAAGGAGGGUAUUCCACCAGAUCAACAGAGACUUAUCUUUGCUGGGAAACAGCUUGAAGAUGGAAGGACACUUGCUGAUUACAACAUUCAGAAGGAGUCUACUCUUCAUCUUGUCCUUCGUCUUCGUGGUGGAUUUUAAGCCUGGGAAUUUGUUCAUGUUUUUGGAAUUUGGAUUAUGAUAUAGAACCUUAUGUUUUCUGUUUUUGCUGUUUGAUAAUGUGUUGAUGACACAUUGACAAUUAAUCAUGCAAACUACUAAACUUGGUUUGUUAUUUGAUGAUGUGUUGAUGGCAAUUAAACCAUUUUAUUGUUUUGAUUAGAAAACAAUGAAAUCAUAUUAAUGCCAAACAAAAAAUUAAGUUUAACACUGAAUAUCAUUUGCUUUACUUAA